UUCAUCUUCUCCCACCUCAUCAAAAAGAAAAGUCUAUAUUCUACAAAAGCCCGACAAUCAGCAUUCCAACCCAGCUUAAAGUCAAAACUUUUUUACCGUCGUCAUGCCACAGCCUUUAAAGACCAAUGACGGCUCUUCCCAUGACGGAGGCGUUACUAUUCAUUGCGACGACCUCAAGUGGCUCCCCCUUGCACCCAAGAUCUGGAUCAAGCUUAUCGAACUGUUUCCUGAGACGGGAGCCUAUAAUGUUCUUAUCCGAGCUGAGCCUGGAGGUGUACUCCCACGACAUCGACACAUCGAGGGGGCAAAAAUUUAUGUAAUCAAGGGCGACGGUUAUCAUCCUCAGGCCGGUCACUUUGUGAAGGGUGAUUUCGUGACUGAGUACCGUGGUGCCACUCACUACCAGCUACCCUUCCAUGUUGAGACCGAAAUGUUGAUGAUUAGCGAUGGCGCCUCUGUGUUCAUUGAUGACGACGGGAACGAUUUGUAUAGGAUGGAUAUUCCAAUGCUUCAAGCUCUUGAAAAGGCGGCAGCCGCCUGAUGAUGCAGGCAUGAGACAAUGUGUAACGAUGCCCAGUUCAUUGCCACUGGGUUUUGCAACUGUCGCGUUAUCGAUAUCGGUAUGGCGUGCUAGGAUACGAAAUGAAGACAUACAGUUCGAAGUUCGGUUGUCACGAGAAUGAUGUGAUGUUCCCUCCUGUGCUUAUACGUCUGUGCUCAAGGAAAGGCGAUAGUAUCGAGAAUAAAGGAAUAAACGGAGCAAAUGGAUACACACAUUUAUGCAAAUAUGUACG